UUGACGUUAUGUAUUUCUGAAUUCCAAUUCUUUCUGAAUAUAAACAAAUAGUUAAAAAUAAUUUUCGCGUUUAUGAAUUAAUAAGUGUUAUACUUAUAAAUAUUAAAAAUGCAAAAUUGUGUUCCAAAUAGGAAUUGUGCAAGUGAUGAAGAAAUUUUGGAAUGGGAAAAAGAAGCUGAAGCUAUAAUACAAGAUGUAAAACAUCAUGUAAAUGAAAUAUUUAUUUCAAGGAGCUUAAGAUCAGAUUUAUUUGAGAUAUUUUUGAAUCUACGAACUUUAGAAAAUAAUGAAUACUGUAUUCGAGCUUCCGGAUGUGGUUUUCAAAUAGCUGGCAAUGGUUAUGAUACAACAGACAGAAUAAGUGAAAAUAAUGACGAAGAAAAUAUAUUUGAAACACCAUAUGCUCUUUUAACUUUUAUUAGCCCUGGUUAUGUGCAGUCAUUUGCAAAUAGAUUAUCACAACAAAUUCAAAAUUCAUUAAUGCAAUAAAAAGUGAAACAAGUUUAAAAAUUUUAUUUCCAGAAAUUUUUUUUUUUGAAUAAAAGUCCUUGUAUAUUAAUAAUUUUUAUACACUACUAAGGACUUAAGAAAGCAGAUUAUGUACGUACCUACAUAAACGAUUUAUUACGCAGCAAAGAAUAAAUAUUAAAAUCUACGGUUGAAUUCAAAAAUUUUAUAAAAUAUUUCAUGCAUUGACUAUGAUAUCUUCCUUUUUAUGUUUAAAUUUGCAGUUCAAAUGUAUUUGUAACUGGGGAUUAUUGAUUGUAAAUGUAAUUAUAACUUUUUUACAGGUAUUGUGGAAAAAUGAUAUAAAUAACUUUUUCAAUAAAUUUCAAAAAUAGCAAUGAUUCAAUAUAUAGUACAUAUUGUACAUGGCACAGGUAAUACCAGCUGUGAAAAGAAUACGAACGAAAUGGGGGAAUUUUCGCAGAUUUUCUUUCCUUUGCCUAUAACACAUACAUACAUGUACAUAAAAUUAUGCCACAAAUAUACAUACAUACAUAUCCAGAUUUAGAAGUUCAUAUGUAUUUCUUCUUGAAAAACGGAAAAAUAGAAAUUUAUUAAAUUAAAUAUAUUUUAUUAUGGACAUUAAAAAAGAUUGACAUGAAAAAAUUAGAAGCAUUUGAAAUGUGGUCAUACCGUAAAAUUUUAAAAACAAACUGGUGCGACAGGGUGACAAAUGUGGAAGUUUUAAGAAGAAUGAACAUAGAUAAACAACUGCUCUACACCAUUCAAUCGCGAAAAUUAAGCUACUUUGGACACAUUAUGAGAAACAGCAAGUACCAAUUACUACAAUUAGUAACGCAAGGCAAGAUUCUUGGUAAAAAAAACAGAGGAAGACGUAAAACAUCAUGGAUCAGCAACCUUACAGAAUGGUUCAAUAUGCCGGCAAAUAAACUGAUGAGAGCGGUUAAGUCCAAAGAGGAUAUAAAAUUGAUGAUUACCAAUCUCCGUAACGGAGUGGCACGCUAAGAAGAAGAAUAUUUUAU